AUGUCCUCACCUGAGCAGAAGGGACUAAAGGUUCCAGUUCAUCCUGAUAUGUCUCUGCAUCGUCAUGGAAACAACACCUUUGACCACGCUGAUGGCGAGAGGAACGUACUGGCCCUAAAUGUGCUGUUGUUAGGGGACCGACAGAGUGGGCGGAGCUCUGUGGGGAAUGCUCUGAUUGGUGGGAAUGCUUUCCAAACAGGCGUCUGUGUCUCGGAUGUUUCGGUGACAACCAAGUGUCGCCGCAUCAGCUGGAAUUUCCCAAAGUAUUUCAGAAGGCAGGGGGCGGAGUCUGACCUCACACUGAACGUGACUGACACUCCCCCUGGUCUGCCCCGCCCACAUGAUGUGCAUGAGCUGUGUCCUGAGGGCGUGCACGUGAUCAUGAUCGUCGUGAGAGCCGACCUGAUAAACGAAAAGUCACGACUGGUACAACAUGUCGAGACUCUUUUCGGUCCAGAGUGGCAUCAUCACACCUUACUCCUCCUCACACAUGCUGACCGUCUGAAGGAGGCGGGGUUUAAGUCAUCAGACUUCCUGUCGCAGACUACUGAUUGGCUCAGAUCUCUAGCCAAGGCUGUGGACGGCGGAUUCUCAUUCAUAGACAACAACUCUAAUUGGCCAUCAAUCAGAGGACGACCAAUCAGAGACAGAGCGCUCUGCCUGUCCGCCAAAAACCACCACAGAGCACUGAGAGUCAGGACCGAGGGUUCACCCGUGGGUUCACUCUGA